AUGCCGACAGAUCUACCUUCCCUAGAUCCUACCUCAAUUUGCGGCGUAGGUCGCGCCGCCAAUGCUCUCGCAACCGACGACGCCGCAAAUGCCGCCGCAGAUGCCGCGAGCCCCGCGUCCGACGCCGCCGCCGCCGUCCCCUCUAGUGCCGCCGCAGGAGGCGCGACGAUCGGCGGCGCUACGAAUCCAGAAGGUUCUACUAUGGAACCUGAUUCGGACGAGCGCGUGUGGCGCAAGGUGCCGUUAGAGUCAGCCGACCAUCAGCACAAUGCCAACGCUACAGCAGAUGCCCACGCUACAGCUGAUGCCCUCGAUGCCGAUUCAAGUGGCGAGCGCGUGUGGCGCAAGGUGCUGUAUUUGCGACAGCCGUUCGACGACACGCACACGGGCCCGCGAGGUGCUGUAGAACCCGAUACCCUUGAUUCCAGAGGCCAGUGCGAGUCAGAUCCAGCGUCAGAGUCUCCGCGCGUGUGGCGCAAGGUGCCGUCGGAAUCGCCUGAUGAUGCCAGUGGCGAGCGCGUGUGGCGCAAGGUGCUGUACCUGCGACAGCCGUUCGACGACACGCACACGGACCCGCGCACCUUCCUCGCCGACAUGCGCACCAACGCCGGCGUCGUCAAGCCGCGCUACUGGUCGCUCGUGCGCGACUCGUCGGUCCUCACGCUCCAGAUGCCCCUCGUCUCGUCUCCGCCCUGGUGGUCGUCUCGCUCUUCCUCGCUGCUGAGUUUUGAGACGUCUCAAAACUCGCUCUCCCUCGCUGCUCUUGUGCUGCUCUCAGAUGUUCCUCUUGUCUUCCUCGGCCCGCACCGCCUCUCCGCGGUGCGCCCACCUCACACGUCACACAUGCUCAUAUCACCUCCCAAUCCCCUGUUCCCAGAUGUUCCUACCCUCUGCCUCUGCACAGUUAAAGGGCCCCUGUGCCUCUUCCCGCAACAGAGGGCCCCUGUGCCUCUUCCCGCAACAGAGGGCCCCUGUGCCUCUUCCCGCAACAGAGGGCCCCUGUGCCUCUUCCCGCAACAGAGGGCCCCUGUGCCUCUUCCCGCAACAGAGGGCCCCUGUGCCUCUUCCCGCAACAGAGGGCCCCUGUGCCUCUUCCCGCAACAGAGGGCCCCUGUGCCUCUUCCCGCAACAGAGGGCCCCUGUGCCUCUUCCCGCAACAGAGGGCCCCUGUGCCUCUUCCCGCAACAGAGGGCCCCUGUGCCUCUUCCCGCAACAGAGGGCCCCUGUGCCUCUUCCCGCAACAGAGGGCCCCUGUGCCUCUUCCCGCAACAGAGGGCCCCUGUGCCUCUUCCCGCAACAGAGGGCCCCUGUGCCUCUUCCCGCAACAGAGGGCCCCUGUGCCUCUUCCCGCAACAGAGGGCCCCUGUGCCUCUUCCCGCAACAGAGGGCCCCUGUGCCUCUUCCCGCAACAGAGGGCCCCUGUGCCCUGGGGGGGUGUCCUCUACUUCAUUCUCGACUCCCACCUCCUCCCCGUUCAUGCUGUUUUCCUUCCAUUUCUCCUCCCAUCCCCAGAUGUUCCUGGUAUCAGCCCUGGUGGUCGUCUAUUUGUUCCUCGACUCGCAUCGCCUCUCCGCCUGA